AUGGCGGCGUCCCGGGCAUGGCUGGCCCGUGCGACGGCGGCGGCGGUGCUGGGUUUCGUACUGGUGGUGGCGUCAGCUGAGGCGGCAUCGGGGGACGUGGAGAUGGUGUUCCUCAAGGCCGCGGUGGCCAAAGGAGCAGUGUGCUUGGACGGCAGCCCACCGGUAUACCACUUCUCUCCCGGCUCUGGUUCUGGCGCCGAUAACUGGGUGGUUCACAUGGAGGGAGGAGGGUGGUGCAGGAAUCCUGAUGAGUGUGCAGUCCGGAAGGGCAACUUCAGGGGCUCCUCCAAAUUUAUGAGGCCACUCUCGUUUUCAGGGAUAUUAGGCGGCAGCCAAAAAUCCAAUCCUGAUUUCUUCAACUGGAAUAGAGUAAAGAUCAGAUACUGUGAUGGUUCAUCAUUUACUGGUGACGUUGAGACUGUGGACACUGCGAAAAAUCUCCAUUACAGAGGGUUCAGAGUUUGGCGUGCCAUCAUCGAUGAUCUACUUACUGUGAGGGGAAUGAACAAGGCAAAAAACGCCCUUCUUUCUGGAUGUUCAGCCGGAGGUCUAGCAUCAAUACUACAUUGUGACACAUUCGGUGAUCUGUUUCCAGCGACAACAAAGGUCAAGUGUUUUUCUGAUGCUGGAUAUUUUUUCGAUGGGAAGGAUAUCUCUGGGAACUAUUACGCCAGGUCAAUCUAUAAGAACGUUGUGAAUCUACAUGGAUCAGCCAAAAAUUUACCAGCUUCAUGUACCUCAAAGCAAUCACCUGAGUUGUGUAUGUUCCCACAGUAUGUAGUCCCGACCAUGCGCACACCGUUGUUCAUACUUAAUGCAGCCUAUGAUUCGUGGCAGGUCAAGAACGUCCUAGCACCUAGUCCAGCUGAUCCGAAGAAGGCUUGGGCCCAAUGCAAACUUGAUAUCAAGAGCUGCUCCCCCAGCCAACUCACAACCUUGCAAAAUUUCAGGACAGACUUUCUGGCAGCGCUUCCUACAACUCCAUCUGUAGGCAUGUUCAUCGACUCAUGCAAUGCUCACUGCCAAUCAGGAUCCCAAGAUACAUGGCUAGCCGAUGGUUCUCCCACGGUUAAUAAGACGCAAAUUGGCAAGGCAGUUGGGGAUUGGUACUACGAUAGGGAGGUCUCUCGGCAGAUUGAUUGCCCGUAUCCCUGCAACCCAACUUGCAAGAACCGGCCGAAGUAUCUCCGCCUUGUGGUGAACGACUGGGACAGGGGCUACACCAUCUAUAGGGCGGGCGAGGACGGCUUUAGCAGCGACGUCGACGUCGACCCCGACCCGGACGCGCCAUGGCCUGCUGCGUCCCUGCUUGUCCGCAUAGUGGCACAACAUGCUUAUUCGUGGUCCUUCGCCGCCCACGUCACCGGGAUCUUGGCGAUGUAUCCCGUAGAAUCCAGUCGCGGCAUCCCCGCGUUUGACACCGAGGCACUGGCGAUGACGGUGUGCCCAUCCCCAAUGAGCCAUGGGGAUUGUGGCAAACCUUUGUACGCCUCCGCUGGCGGCAGGCUCUGGACGUUCGUCUACCCCAUCCUAGAGGUGCUGGGGCCAGAACCACCAGCCAUGGAGAAGUUGUGGUCAUGGGCCAGCGUCAAGUCGAUGCCGCCAUUUGACUCCUCUCGUGUCAGCAACUAUGCGGUGCACCCGGACGGGCAUACCAUCUUUGUGUCUGUCAGAGGCUACAAGCUCAACCCUGGUUUGAUCCUGCCCAAUCAUGGUGACCUUAGCAGCACCUUCACCUUUGACGUGGAGAGCCUCGAGUGGACCCACGUCGGCGGUUGGAUCUUGCCGUUAAGAGGCCAAGCGUACUAUGACCAUGAGCUAGACGUUUGGGUUGGGCUCUGUAUCCACAAUGAAGGCACCGGGCAUAGCUUGGAGAGGCAUAGGGGUGCCACGUUGGUGUACAUGGACAAUAGCAGGUUCUGCUUGGUAGAGUCCCAGAUGUCCAAGGAUGAUGACUUUUACCCGCGCCUCCGUGUGGUGAAGAUGACCUCCUUCCUGCUCAAGUACGGCAAGGAGGGUGAGCUGCGGGUUACCGGACGUUGCACCUAUGCAUCCAUGGACUACCAGAUCCCUCAUGAACAUGUUGAUCGGUCCCUAGAUCAUGUAGCCUUCUAG